AUGACCUCGGACAAACUACCGUUUAAAAAAAACAAACACCGCAUUGUGCUUAUUGAAAAGCUUAACCAACGAAUACAACUUAAAGCAGAAACACCUCGCUACGAUUUUAUGCAAAAUGUUAUUCCAAAACUAAACACUCCUGGAGGCGUUACUUACAACGAGAUGUUAAUAAUUUCGUCCGAUUUGCUUAUGGCGGGAUCGGAAACUACCGCAACAACCCUCGCUGGCGCUUUGUAUUUACUUUGCCGGAAUCCAAACGCAUUUGCUUCGGCGACCGACGAAGUCCGGAACGCAUUCGCCAAUCCCAAGGACAUUGAUAUGACAAGCACGAGAUAUCUCGUCUACCUCCACGGCGUCGUUGAAGAAACCCUCCGACUUUUUCCGCCUGUACCAAGCACGUUACCACGAAUUACGCCACCCGAGGGACACUUGAUUAAUGGGCGUUUUGUCCCGGGGGAUUGUCGGGUCCUGCAUUUUGCUAACGCCAACUUAUUCCGACCCGAACGAUGGUUUCCCAGCGGUCCUGGUGGAAAAAACAAAGUAAAGAUUACCAGACCAUCAAAAUACGACGGAGAUAGAAGGGAAGCCUUCAAAACCUUUUCCAUUGGCCCUAGAAAUUGUAUUGGGAAGCAUUUGGCGUACGCAGAGAUCCGCACAAUUUUGGCCAAACUUUUAUGGUAA